AUUCUCUCACCGCCUCCCUCCCUCAUUCACAGAUUUUACUUACAAAGGCAGUAAUUAAUCUUUUAUUUUAAUUCAAUACAAACGGGAACAUUGCAUCGCCACUCUAGCGGAGUCUGACGCUGUCAGCAACACAAAGGUUCUUAUUUCCUCUAGCACUUUCUCAUUGCGGAUAAUGGGACGAGGUGUUGCUGUGUUAGUGUGCGUGUGAGAGAGAUACUGAGCUUCCCCAAUAUUCGACCUACCUUGUGAGAGGAAACUUUAAUGAUAACCCCAUUUCCAUGGGGUAUUAAUAUUUUAUAAGGGUUUUGUCUUAGACCGGGAUUUGAGGGUUUGGCCAUCUAUCGCACACUGCCACCAGCUGAGGCGAAACGAAACACUGCGCAACAAGCAGGGGGAGCAUGUACAAGAGGAAUGGCCUGAUGGCCAAUCUGAGAGUCACGUCUGCCACCCCAGAGGGCAGUAGUAGUUCAGACUCUCUCGAUGGACCCUAUGCUGACUAUGCAAUGAAAAGCUAUGACGCAGUUGUAUUUGAUGUGCUUAAAGUAACACCUGAGGAGUUUGCAAGUCAGAUCACUUUAAUGGACGUCCCAGUAUUCAAAGCGAUACAACCAGAGGAGCUGACUAGCUGUGGGUGGAAUAAAAAAGACAAGCAUAUCCUGGCACCAAAUAUUGUUGCUUUUACAAGACGGUUUAAUCAGGUCAGCUUCUGGAUUGUUCGAGAGAUCCUCACUGCUCAGACUUUGAAAAUAAGAGCAGAAAUAUUGAGCCAUUUUAUAAAACUAGCUAAGAAACUGCUCGAAUUAAACAACCUUCACUCUCUCAUGGCUGUGGUCUCAGGUCUUCAAAGUGCACCAAUAUUCAGGCUCUCAAAAACCUGGGCACUAGUCAGUCGAAAAGACAAAGCAACGUUUGAGAAGCUGGAUUAUUUAGUGACUAAAGAAGACAACUACAAGAGAAUGCGUGAAUUCAUCAACAGCUUGAGGAUGGUUCCCUGCAUCCCUUACUUGGGAAUUUACUUGUUGGAUUUGAUCUACAUUGACUCCGCCUACCCAGCAUCUGACAGCAUCAUGGAGAAUGAGCAGAGGUCAAAUCAGAUGAACAACAUUUUGAGGAUCAUUUCAGAUUUACAAGUUUCUUUCAAUUGUGACUAUUUGGUAACAUUGCCCCAUGUGCAGAAGUAUCUGAAGUCUGUCCGGUAUAUCGAAGAGCUACAAAAAUUUGUUGAAGAGGACAAUUAUAAAUUAUCUUUGAAGAUAGAACCAGGGAACAGUUCUCCCCGUCUGGUCUCCUCCAAAGAGGACCUAGCAGGUCCCUCUGAGGUUUCUGCCUCAGUGAGGUACAGUCGUAGGCCAACGUGCCCUGAUGCCUCUGUAAUGGGCAGCCUGAACACUCCCCCAGUGCCGAGACACAGGAAGAGCCACAGCCUGGGAAACAAUGUGAUGUGCCAGUUUAGUGUCGUUGAAAGCAAAAGUGCAACAUUCCCAACGGAGCGGCCACGGCACCUGCUGGACGACAGCGUUCUUGAAAGUCAGAGUCCUGCCAAGAAUCAGGAAAGCUCCAUCUUUUCCAACGGAGUUUCAAUUGGAAGCAGCGAGAGCUCUGAGUUCAGUGAGGAGCUGUCCUCUGGGUUGGAGAGGAAUCGGUUGUAUGCAACACUAGGUCCCAACUGGCGGGUUUCAGUAAAGAAUUCUCCAAGGAGCCGAUGCAGUAUUAACAGCCCAACGGAUGCAUGUAGUUGCCCUUUAAGUGGAACAGCCAUGGCCAUCACAAUAGAAGGACCAUUGAGACGGAAAACUUUACUGAAGGAAGGCAAGAAGCCAGCAAUGUCAUCCUGGACUCGCUACUGGCUCAUACUCUCUGGAUCACUCUUGCUGUAUUAUUCUGCAAAGUCACUGAGAGCCUCUGAGAGGAAACAUUUCAAAUCAUCGCCAAGUAAGAAGGUGUCUAUAGCAGGAUGGAUGGUCGUUCUACCUGAUGACCCAGAGCACCCAGACAUAUUUCAGUUAAGCGAUCCUGAUAAAGGUAAUGUUUACAAGUUCCAGACCAGCUCGAGGUUUCAUGCAAUAUUGUGGCACAAGCACUUGGAUGAUGCAUGCAAAAGCAAUCGGCCUCAGAUACCAACCAACCUUAUGUCAUUUGAGUGAACAUUUGAAUCCAGUACAUGUGAUGUGAUCAAAGUGCCAACCCAAGCAAUGGGAAAUAAAACUAUCGAAUGGAUUUUAAAAAAAAGUGAAGGAAAAAACAGAUCUUAUGAGGACAAAUUUGUGCAUCAAUUGUCAGCGUUGAAAACUGAAGCACUUUUUUUUGAAGCUUAUGAUGCGACCCUAAAAUGAUUUUGGUAUGUCUUGAAAGAGGAAGUUAACGACUGUUCCUAAUUUAUGGUAUCAGCCGCAGACAUUAGACACAGUUUUAGCACUGGCGAAACUACAACCUGACUAUACCACAAAUAGUUGUCGACCGUGGAACUGUGCGUAAUAACUGCUGCCUAUAUUUUUUUUUAAUGUUUGUUUUUAUUCUUAAGCUGCUUUAUUGUAAUGGAACAAUUUUUAGCCCAUGUUGGGUAUUAUCUUUCUUAUGCACAAAAUGUACUACUGACAGUGUUAACAGGCUGCAUUGAGUGGCGUUUAGAAUAGUAAAUCAGUGAACAGAGUUUUUUUUUGUAAUGAAGUGCACUGAAUUGUUUGGCACAGUGAUUGCCUCAAAGUUGUCUGUGGCGGUGAUAGUAAUCUCAUGGUUCCAGCGACCUUCACCUAGUGGAGUUUGAAUCUAUCGUGACAUUUGAGCAAACCUCAUAGUUCCUGCCUAUCCCAAACCAAUUUAUUUUUAUCUCUUCCCUUUGCUCCCCUCCCCAAAAUAAAACUGUCCCAACUGAAUAUUUUCAUUAACACUGCCACCCACCUUAUCCUAUGCCAGGCAGUAUUUUCAAUUUGAGGAUGUUUAUGCUGGUCCAAGGUCUUUAGCAGUAGAACUCGCUACCUGGCCACUACGCGAUUCAUUGGAGCACUGCAGAGUGCGAAGGUGGAUUCUGUACAAACAGCACAGCCAGGUAAAGAAACCAUUAUGCACCAAUCAAUAAUGACUGCUUUAUUGUGCCAGACGUGUGCUUUACACCAUCACAUUAUGCCAGUUAUAAUAUGGUUUACAAAUCAAAUUAAAUGUGUUUGGAUAAUGUUCAUUUAUUUUGCUAUGCUACUUGAUUCUAGCAAUUCUUUGCAAAAGUCUUCAGUUUUCUAAACUAUUUAAGUGACUUUUGCAUAACUGUUGCAAUAAGUAUAUAAUGUAUGACAACCCUCUUUUGUUGUGUAUUAUUUAAAGAGUUGCAUAUAGUAGUUAAUGUACAGCAGAAGCAAGGUUCAUCAAAGACUAUGAAUUCGAGUCCCAACAUUUAUCUAAGCCUUCAAGAUGUGUUAACUUUUAAAAUAUUUGCUGUCAUUGUGUCUUUGUGUCUCACGGUUUCCACAUAAAAUGUAUUCUGUUUUGGCAA